CAUCUGUUGAGUUUAGCACUUCCUCUGUCCAAGCCCAUGCACUACUGUGCAAAGAUCUGCUAUAAGAUAUUUGCUACUGUGCAGGAAGGAACUGCAGAUGCUGGUUUCCACUGGUGCCUCUGGUUUCCACCGCCCUCUGAGGCAGCGAAUUCCACAGACUCACAACUCUCUGAGAGGAAAAGGAAAAAGUGGUUCCUCGUCUGGGAAGAAACCGGAGCACCCGGAGAAAACCCACGCGGUCCCAGGGAGAAGUUACAAACUCUGUACCCGAGAAAAGUUGGCAAAUACAGAUUGAAAAAUACCAACAUUCAGAGGAUGCCCAGCCUGUCUAAUGAAACCAUUGAAGCGUAAAUUAACUGAUGUCGAGUGCGAAGUCCAGAACACAAAUGUCGCAACAACGGAGGGCAGGUUCCUGGGAGGACAACUCUGUGAUCUGUUCAGAAUCAGAAAGUUUGCAACCACAUCUACCUCCCCCUCCCCCCCCCCACCCCCACCCCCACCCACCCCCACCCCCUCCGUGUUCCACCCCACUACCAUCACCUGCAAAGAAGCUGUACCAAGUUCUUGCAGAAGGCCAAUUGAAGCCAAGAAAUGUCCGAGAAGAAUUGAAGGCGCUAUUCCAGAAUCGAUCUGACAGUUUUAGCAAAGAGUUGAACUGGCUGCUGAUUAACAACCCGGUGCCCUCAUUGAUCCAGGAUGGCCCACAGUGCGGCAUGGUUGCUCUCUGGAUGGCUGGACACUUGCUGGACGCAUCUGAAGCCGUGAGUCUGGAGAAGAUUGUGAACUGUGCAGUGAAGAACAACUACACUGCUCAGGGAGAGAUGUUCUCAGGUGAUAAUAUGGUGAACCUGGCCAAAGAGGUCUUCACAUGUCAUGGUGAACUGCUCACUGAUGGUUUAAUGGGCAGCAACAGAUCCAGAAUACUGAGCCACCUGAAGGCUGGUUAUCCCGUGUUAAUACCCUAUGAUGAAGAUUUCAACCACGAGCCGUGCCUGAAGAAAGGACACAGAGCCCACUGGGCUGUACUCACAGGUGUGCUGCUGGGACUGAGGUGUAAACUGCUGCAGGACGUCUAUGAGAAGGACCGUGAUAUCCCUGGCCUCCACCACCUGGCUGGAGGUGCCGCUGGAGCCUCCUACCCCGAGGACUGUGUGGUCGAGGUUUUCUUGUUGGCCAAACAAGGGAAGAGUCUGAAGUACCAGCUGUGGGAGUACGAGCGGGUGCACCAGAGCAACGUGCAGCUGGCAGAAUUUAGUCCCAAGCGAGGGGACGACGGAACGGCCUACAUCGUGCCCGACGGCGGUGUGAAGCUGGGGUUGUGUGGGGUUGUAAUUCUCCUGCAGCCAUUGUUCCCAGUAUCAAAGCUGACAGCCCCCACUACUAAUAACUGAACAAUAACCUUUGUCAUAUCAAGUCUACAGCAUCUCAGGGUCCUCCAGCAAACUAUUAUGCCCCUGUCCCACUUAGGAAACCGGAACGGAAACCUCUGGAGACAUUGCACCCCACCCAAGGUUUCCAUGCAGUUCCUGGAGGUUGCAGGUAGUGGGAGACUGACAAAAACCUCCAGGAACCGCACUGAAACCUUGGGUGGGGCGCAAAGUCUCCAGAGGUUUCCGUUCAAGUUUCCUAAGUGGGACAGGGGCAUAAGUCACUGCUUUUAAUGUAGGAAAUUAGCAAGACAUGCUCACAAUCCCCCUCCUUAUCUGUUUGCAGUGAUGCUUAUGGGGGCAACACACCUUUUCACACAGAGGUGUAUAAAACAAUCUUGAGGGGAAUAGAUAAUAUGAAUGCAGAUUAUUUCACUUCGAGUAGAGGAAUCAAUACCUGUACAACAUAGGUUGUAGGUGGGAGGGAAAAUAUUUAAUGGGAGACAGUCCAGAAGAGCAACUUUUUCACUCAGAGGGUGGUGGAUUUGUUUAGUUUAGAGAUACAGCGUGGAAACAAGCCUUUCAGUCCACGCCGACCAACAAUCACCCGUACACGAGUUCUAGUUCUUCACAGAAGGGUUUCGGCCCGAAGCGUUGCCCGUUUCCUUUGCUCCAUUGACUGUACUUGGAAAGGAUGUUUCCAGUAACAGGAGAAUCUAGACCAGAGGGGACAGCCUCAGAAUAAAAAGGACAUACCAGACAUACCAUCCAGGACAAGGGGUCACAGCUUAAGGAUAAAGGGGAAAUCCUUUAAAACCGAGAUGAGAAGAACUUUUUUCACGCAGAGAGUGGUGAAUCUCUGGAACUCUCUGCCACAGAGGGUAGUUGAGGCCAGUCCAUUGGCUAUAUUUAAGAGGGAGUUAGAUGUGGCCCUUGUGGCUAAGGGGAUCAGGGGGUAUGGAGAGAAGGCAGGUACGGGAUACUGAGUUGGAUGAUCAGCCAUGAUCAUAUUGAAUGGCGGUGCAGGCUCGAAGGGCCGAAUGGCCUACUCCUGCACCUAAUUUCUAUGUUUCUAUGUUUCUAUGAAAAUAAUUAGUGGUGCUAGAGGAUGGUGAAUCCGUGGAAUUCAUUGCUACAGACAGUUAUGGAGGCAAAGUUAUUUGGUAUUUUUAAAGCAGAUUGAUAGAUUCUUGAUUAGUAAAGAUGUCGAAGAUGUAGAAGGCAGAAUGGAGUUGAGGGGGAAUUGAUCAGCCAGGAUUGAAUGGUGGAGUAGACCCGAUGGGUUGAAUGGCCUAAUUCUGCUCCUGUCUUUUGGUCCCAGUUACCAGCUAUUCCCAGAUUUAUUUCUCCAGUGUGAACCAGGUUCUAAUGCGUGGUGGUGGUGGUGGGAAUUAACUGAAAGAUGCUAAAAUAGCCACCUCAUAAACUGGAACAAAAAUGGGCUGUGAACUGAAAAGAGGAGCAGAACAUUCUUCAGUCCUGCUAAAAUAAAUGGCUAAGAUUCACC